GUUUGCACACUCAAUAAAGCUUUCACUUUGUCUGUUGCACACUCUGUGGCUGUCACUGGAUUUUGUUACGCCGUUAAAGCUGUGGUUUGUUCAGCCCUGAUGUGAGUAUUUUUUCUGGUGGAAGCAUGAUGGACAUUUAUUAACUAUGAGGACUCUGGCGAGGCAUUAAGCACUGGGGAUGACAUUACAAACAACAUGCCUGGUAAGUUAUGUUUUCAGUCUUGUUUUUAUAUUAAAUAUUAAUUAUCUCUGAGUACCAUUGUUGUGUAUUUAAGUUCAUGGAAACUAUAAACCAAAGAUUGCGCCAUGCAUAUUAUUGGUCAUGCUUCCAAACUCUUGAAGACAAGAACUGAGAGCAGGAGGCACUGAUAUCUGGACGUGUGAUGAAGGCUGUAUUGUUAAUGUUAAUUUUGUCUUCUGAAUUAUAGGUUGGUUCCAGAAAUUAAGAGUGCAUUUUUUGACACGACAUGAAGAAGAAGCAAAGCUGACAAGAACCGUAACGUCCUCAGCCAGCAGCAUAUCAGCUUCACCCUCAGCUACCACGUCCUCACAAACGACCUCCCCGUGUGAACCAAAACAGGCGCUGUCUGUUCUGAGCUCGCAGGAGCGAUUCAACAGAAAGUUUGAUGUGCUUGUGUGUCACAGUUCAGUGGACAGUGACAUUGAAGAGGCACAAAGACUUGUCUCCUUCCUAGAGGCUUCUCCCUGUGGUUUUAGGUGCUUUCUUCGGGGGAGGGAUGACAGUCCAGGCAGUGCAAUUUCCACGGAGUUAUACGAGGCUGUGCAAAACUGCCACGUAUGGGCUCUGCUUAUCACUCCAAACUUUCUCGAGGAUGAAUGGUGCAAGUAUAUGAUGCAUCAGGCUUUGGCAGAGGGGCCCAUGUCUCAUCGGAUUAUUCCACUGAUUAAAAAUUUGUCCCGCGCUCAGGUUCCUCAGGAACUGAGAUUCUUUUUCCAUAUUGACCUAAAUAUCAACCCUCACCGAGGCCUUACUGUUCUCACCCAAACUGUGCUCAAGAGUAAGUAUAAGGAAAAUUAUGUAUAUUGAAUCUGUUUUUGCCAGUAGUAUUUUUUUUUUAGUCUUUCUGCAUUUUUGAAGGCAAGUCAUUUUCAGUAAUGUCCUUCAACUUUCCCUUUUAGACCUGGAAGAGCUUGUUAAAAAAUCCAAGACACCUCAACUGUGACAUGGAAAGCUCAAGCAAAGGACUAAACACAGCAAAAGAAGCGGGCGUAAAAAUGUCAUUCAACUGAGGCUUUUUAAUUUUUAUGCAAGUGAUAAAAAGGAGAAACUGGGGCUUCAGCUCUAAAUGGUGCCACUGAUUUACAGUUUGGUCUCAGUCACUCAACAAACACAGAGAAUUAGCCUUCCUCUGGUUCAUUUCUAAGUACUGAUCUCUACAAGGUUAGCCUCAGAAACAUUUGACCACAAAGUUAUUAUUUCCAAUGCCUCCUUUCUACCUGUUGCACAGUGUCAACCUUGUUUCCCUCUUGUGUUUUUUGAUAAAUGCACACUAACAGCUUUCACAAGGUCUCCACUACUUCACAAUGUGAUCACAAAAACUGAAUGAAUGAUGUUAAAGAAAGAACAAACACAAUAAAAUGCAAAGUUGAACUGUUUGAACUUACAGCAGACCAUAGUUAAAGACAGUACAAACAAAAAGACAAACUACAGAGAGGGAGGUUGAAAAAGACUUCUUUGACUUACGGUAUUUUCUGUCAGUUCUCAGAUCUUAGUUCAGCAUUUUACCCAGAUAAUUAUAGAACUAUACUAUCCUGCUUGAUGAGUGGUCUGUUGGAGCUUCCUCCUCUGUGGCCUCAUGGCCCUGUACUUCCGCUCUGAUUUAUCAUGCAAAAACUCUUAGUUUCGUGUCAGAAAUAAAAAAAAAGCUAGAUGUCACAGAAUCAUUUGGUGAAAGUAAAACAUCAAAAAGAUGUCAAACUGUCGAUCAAAGCUUCAGAGACACAGACCUUAAAUUUCUUAAACUGGGCAAAUUCUUCAGUCUCAUUUUUUUUAGGUUCAGUUAGUGUUUCAAAAAUCAGCUCUUAAAAAGUUCACGCAUUAUCUUGAUUGCACCAAAAUAUAUUUAUAUUUUUUUUUUUUCAGGGCUAAUCCAGAAAUCUUUGAAAUGCAUCAGAUUAGUUUAUAGUGAGCCUAAAUUGUACAGGUUUCGUUUUGAUCACUUUAAGAAAUUAAAUUGGAUUAAAAGUUUUAUCCAGUGUCUUCUGGACUCUUUCAUUUCUAAGACCUGUUUGAGCCAUUAUUUAAUAAAUGGCUCUAACAGGACCUGUGUUACGUUGCAGACAGCCGCUGCCUCAAAUCCUGAGACUGUGUAGACGUUUUUUGUUGUCAUGGUCAAAACUGAGACAGAUUUGUUUUAGUCGAGACACCUGCAGGCCUAGAACUGCCUGUUUAGAAAUCCGAGGCUUGUUGAAUCAUCUUUAAUUUCAAUUCUGAACACAAACCAUUGAUUGCAAAAGAGAUAUUAGUAUACUUUUCCCCCUUUAAAAAUUGAAGUUAAAUGUAGUUUAUCCAUGCCUUUAAUCAUUUAUUCACAAUGUGGUAUUGUUUAAUCACCUUAAUACAGUCCCAGAUGUUGAUCAAGUUUUCUGCCAUAAGAAUAAUUUUGUUCCUCAUGUAAAAAAUGGUGUUAGAUUUUAAAUGAAGAAUAUUUUACAGCAGUGACUCAUCACAAUUCACUGCUAUGGUUUUAAGGAGGCCAAAGCUACAGUUACACAUUGUAAGAUUUGUCCUUAAUUUUUUUGUGCAUAACCAGUGCAGUGAAGGCAAAUUUGCAGCUGUCAUUAAUGUGUUUAUACCAGGAAUUUCUGUUUGUACAGUCAGUUUGGGACACUUAGUUCAGUUGAAUUCUAGCCCUUCAACUGGGUUUACAACAAAGCAUUAUCAAUGCGUGUGACUCUCCAGUGAUCAGAGCAGAAAAUGUCAGUUCACUGUCACAGGAUGUGACUGAUUGAGCCUACCAGUAGGUGGUGUUGUUACAUCUUUUGACAUGCUGAAGGCUGACAGGCUGCAGAGGCUUCACAGCAACAACAGUCAAAAGUCCCUGAUAGAUGAGGGUGCAAGGUAAGGCUCCUUGUCAGGGCAAUCGAGGACCUUUCCAGAGCUGCAGAAACAAGUGGUCUGGGGCUCUGGAUCAAGAGGAAAGAGCUCUGAUUGGCUCCCAGGAGAUCAGAUGGCAUCCACGGGGUUGGCUCAGGACACCGGGAUGCUAACCCCUAUGGAGGUGUCACGGACCUGUUAGCAUAAUUUCAAAACCCAGAGGAUGUCACUUCUCCUUGACUACUCUGUAGUAUCCAGGCAGCGAUAGGAACUAGCAAAGCAGAGAAACUGAAUCAACCAGUUUAACUAAAGAGAUCCUAGGGUGUUGGAGUUGCAGUGCCACUUGUUGAGGGCAAAUCUUUCAAUCAGCACAUUGACACUGAUUUUAUUCAGAAAAAAUGCGAAUAAGAGAUUGAACUCAUGCAUCUGGCCUGUUUAGAUUAAUAUAUCGAGCUGCAAUAAUUCUGUCUGAGUGGUUUUAACUCAGCUGCUGGGAGUAAACUCUUAACAUGUUAAAGGGCUUGAAGAAACACCUUGCUUUCCCUAUCCAAAGACUUUCUCUUCUCUGCAGGUAUGAUUUAAUGUCCCUGCCAGCAGCUCCCCUUGUUGAUUUAGCAUGCUGGCACUGCUUCACUCCAGACAGAAUAUCAAGUGAAACAGUUGUUACCCUAUAUAAUCAUUACAUACAUGCAUUACACAGUUUUUUUUUCAAGGUACCAUCUGCCUCCCAUGUGUUAUCAUGUUCUCUUUCUUUUUUAUCGGCACCAGUCUCCCACAUCUCCAUCC